AUGGAAGUACAGACACCGGAUAACAAACCUACAGAUCAGCAAGAAUUAAACCGGACAGAUGUCAUUCCAAAUAGUGAAAGCUUAGAUGAAGUACAAACGGAAGAGCGACCCACUCAGGUGUUUUCUCAUGGGUCUGCCGAGCCAGAGGUGUCUUCCCAUGUGACUGUCGAGCCACAAGAUUCGGCGCCAGUGGAUCCACAAGAGCAAUCCACUCAAGCGUUUUCUCAUGGGCCUGCCGAGCCAGAGGUGUCUUCUCAUGAGAUUAUCGAGCCACAGGUAAGAUUUUUACUUAAAAUCAAUUUUAUUCAAUAUAAGGUUCAUCCUUCGGCGCCUGCGGUGGCAACUCUCGACGAGGAUGAGGUCGCGUUUCCAGACCCAGCUCAGCCUGAGAUUCUGAGCGUGCUAGCAGGACUAGAUCCCAAGAAGAAACACGUUAUGCAGAAGGGCACAAGGGCGAGGGAUGAUCAUGGCUUAGAGGGCCAUCUUAUUAAGAGGAAAAAGGGGGAUGGAGACGAUGGCGAAGGCGGUGGGGAUGGUAUGAGCCUUAGGCCUAAGAAUAGUCUAAGGCAUACCAUAUGUGGGACCCACUAGUAUAUACAAUAGUGUUGUACAGUUUAAGUAAAUAUUAUAUAUUUUUGGCAUAUCUAUUUAUAUUCAUAAAUAUUAUCUUAGUCUU